CAUCUUUUAUUAGGUUAUCGGUUUUAUGUAAUGCCGUCGUAGUGUGUACAAUACGGGUACCACGUAAAGCAAUAUCGAUCGUGAUCGAGCCCGUUCGGAAUUUAAUUUCUCGGUCCAGAUUGACUCAUUUGCUUAAGCUGCGGGAGGCAGGUAAUCGCGGUUGAUAAUUUCGAACCGAAUCAAAUCGAUCGAUAGUGCCCUUGCGGUACGGGUAUAAGAGUACGCAUUGAACAACCAAGGCGGCUAUGAUGAGCGUUAAUUCACAAAUGUCUCGUGAAUGUAGCUUUUUGCACAUUUCUUGCAAUAAUUAAAGAAGACUAUUUCGGAGAUUGCUUUUUACUAAUGUGAGAAAGAAUGCAGCUGUGUCUGGGAAAGAAUUAUGAAAUCAUGUUGGUGCAAAAACAUUUCAUUCAGACUAUUUAUCUGUCAGCAUGACGUGAAAUAUGAAAAUAUUCCAGCUCAAAUUGCUUCUUCUGAACCAUUUUCCGCCCGUUUGUUCUGCCCUCCAGGUGUGUGAUGCCCACAUGCGCAUCGUGGACAUCGAUCCGCGUUUCCCCGGAUCGUGCCACGACUCCUACGUGUGGAGGCACUCGCCACUGUUAGGCCGCCUCACACGUAACCUGCGACGUGGAGAAUGGGUGCUUGGAGACUCAGGCUACCCUCUUGAGCCAUGGCUGCUGACACCUGUGCCAGGCCAUCCAGGCAUUGACACUCCGGAGGGGCGCUACAACCAGGCCCAUGCCUCCAUGAGGAACGUUGUGGAGAGAGGUAUUGGCGUCUUGAAGGCAAGGUUCCGGUGCCUUCAACGGUACCGGACACUCCUUUAUGAGCCCAAGGAUGCAGCCACAAUCGUGGCAGCCUGCGCCGCUCUCCACAACAUUGCUUUGAAGGCAGGGGAGCCGGAGCUGCAGGACAGUGAUGAGGAGGCUGAUGACAACCAGCCACCGCUGCAACAGGGCUUGCCUGUGUCUCAAGGGCACCACACCUGCCGGCAAGAAACGCCCAGAGAGCUGCUGAUGAGGGCGAAGCAGAUGAGGAGUCAGGUUGUCAACCUGUUCUCUGCGGCCCCUAACUGGCGUACCACUCACCUGCGUAUGCUGCAUCGUCGGCUGAGGCAGCAACAGCAGGCUCGUCGCGCGGCUCAACCGUAAAGCCAAGUGAGUUCUCCAACAUAGGCGUGAAAAGGCAAACCUCAUAAUGCCAUUGAAAAAUUGAAAUGGUCGCCCUUGAUAAAAAGGAUGCAAGGCAUUUUCAAAAAUAUUUGUUUUGAUUAAUACUGAAAUCUCCAUUGCGGAUUUUCACAGGGUGUGUCACAGUAACAAAAGGUUUAGAAACAGUGGAAGAGAGACGUUAAAAAAGUGUUGCUGGGCAACUUAGUUCCUGAUGGGAACGCAAA